UUGGCUCCAGCAUCGUCCCAUGAUGUGCCGUCAGCGACAUGGCGAUCCGGAUUGUCCAACAUGCGGCAGCGGCACGUGAUUCCGUGGUAUCAAGCUUCUUUAACUUUCUCCACUCUGGAAGAUCGGGAUAUGUCUUAUUGUGUGGCUUCGCCCUGCUGGUGCUGGCGGGGGUCAUGAUGGUUGCGACUUUCGACAGCAGAGAAGCUCGUGCAGCGCCACCUGGCUGGGAACGCUUUGUAGCGGCCACGAGUUCAAACCAGUGGGUGUCCUGCGCCUUCCUCCUGUCUGCAGCUUCCAUUGUCCUCAGCGUCAACUACUUGCCACGAUUAGAAGGUGAAGGCUGAACCCCAGGCUUUUAGUCACUGAGCCGAAUGUGCCGCUUCAGCGCCCCAGACCCAAAGGUGGAGUUUGUCCAAGUAGCGAGCAGGUAGAAAUUCGGACACAAAAGGGUGUUUUCAGCAUUG